AUGGAAAUAGUUAGAGACCCAGGUGUAGUUAGCACUAUUCGCAGUUUGUUAUGUUAUACUCCUGAAGAUUCCAAGUUUCUCAGUACUGCAGGAUGGAACUAUCCGAAUAAUCCACAUAUAUCGGGAGACAACUUUAGUCUACUGAUUCCGAUAAAACAUAUAUUCAACAUUUUCAACGACUACAAUAAAUUAACCUAUGGCCGUCAAGUGUUUCGAUUUGUUCGAGCACGCAAUGAUAGAGACUGUAUUCUAGUGAAAGAACCUAAUGCUACAACAACAACAACAGUAUCUUUAACUGUUUCCAGCAUGGAACUCAAGGUCAAGCAUGUCUUUCCCAAUGAUGAUAUGAAAAUUGAAUUAAUGACUCCGAUUAAGAAUAAUGUGCCGAUAACUAUACCUUUCCGUAAAUGGGAGCUCAAUGAACUACCUUCACUUACGUCAGGAUCUCGACGCGAGAUAUGGAGUGUAAAGACAACUUCAUCUGUUGAACGCCCACGCUAUGUCAUUGUGGCUUUUCAAACUUCUAAACGAGAUGACAUACACGCUGAUCCAACGUUAUUUGAUCACAUUAGAAUGUCCAGCGUGCGAUUAGUUAUUAAUGGAGAAUACUGGCCUAACGAGAGAAUGCAAUUGGAUUUUGCAAAGAAUGACUAUGCUAUAGCUCACUAUAACUAUACGGAAUUCUUUCCUAGUUAUACUCUUUCCUCAACAAAACAUCCCAUCUUAGAUUAUGCUGCUUUCAAGAAAUAUGCCUUAUUUGUUUUUGACUGUUCCAAGCAGGAUGAUACGUCAUUCAGAUCAGGAACCGUUGAUGUUAAACUGGAAAUCGAAGCAGAUGAAGGUUUUCCGGCAGGCACUCGAGCCUACUGUUUAAUUGUUCACGACAGCCUACUCGAAUACUUUCCUCUAACAGAAGUUAUCAAAAAUAUUAUUUAA